UUACAUCCACUGCACUGAUUUUACAUAUGUCACACCAAAAGUUCAAAUUUUACACUUUCAGCACCUAAAGGUUCAAAAUGAAAACAAAAAAUAGCACCCCUCCCUACCUCCGUCUUCCCACCCAACCCCAAUAGCUUGCUUCGCUUGCAAUCCCAUCGGUUUUCUCCGGCGGUGCGAUGGGGACACAGCAGGUGAGGCGGUUGUGGCUCAGGUCUAGGAACUCAAGCCGCUUCAGAUGGGCAAAGUCAGCUGGAAUCGGUCGAGCUCAGCUAGCCGUUCGAUCUCGGGCGUGGGAUGCCACCCAGGAGAUGACUGCCGCUCAGAUCUAGAAGCUUCAAACAAUAGAGAUCCCCAAUGGGAGCAGUAACCAAUCCUCGCAAGCGACUUCUCCAUAAGAUGAGCUGCUCAAGAUUGCUAAGUUGGCCAAUUCCCACGGAAUCACGCCGGAGUUUCGUAUCAGAGAUUUUGAAGAGCCUAAGGUAUACUACUCCGGCGACAGAGAAGUUACAGAAGAUACUGUGUGAAGCGGCAGGCGAGGCAUCAUGUAACGUCGUUAAUAAGAUGUUGUUUGUGUAAAAUUUGAUGUUUUGGUGUCAAAUUUGUAAAAUCAAAAAAAUCUUCGGAUACUUUCACGCGCAGGCGCAAUCAAUCCCCACCUCUGGGCAGUAAGAGAACACAGAAAAAAACAAUACUAGAAAGACUCGUCCCUUGUCUUGGGAGAAUUGAGGUAAAAUCAUGAGACUUACUAUUCUUCUCGGAGUUUUCUUGAUUCUUCUCUCUAGUCAGAAUCUGCAAGCUCAAGCAGCGGACAGUUUCAUCAGUACAAAUGGAUUGCAUUUUACGCUUAACGGCAGCCUGUUCUUCUCCAAUGGAUUUAAUGCGUAUUGGCUCAUGAUCGUGGCAUCCGAUCCGUCUCAGAGGGACAAGGUCUCCACUGCCUUCAAAGAAGCUUCCAUCAAUGGACUCACUAUAGCCAGACCGGGGGCUUUCAAUGACGGCGGUAGCAGCGCCUUGCAAUACUCUCCCGGAUCCUACAAUGAACAUAUGUUCAAGGGCUUGGAUUUUGUGAUUUCUGAGGCAAGAAGAUAUGGUAUCUGGCUUAUUCUUAGUCUCGUGAAUAACUAUGAUAACUUUGGAGGGAAGCCGCAAUAUGUUCAGUGGGCGAGGAAUCAAGGAGAGAGCAUUGGAUCUGAUGAUGAGUUCUUUACUAAUAAUGUUGUUAAAGGUUACUACAAGAAUCACGUUAAGUCUGUGCUCACACGAAAUAACACCCUAACCGGUGUUGCUUAUAAGGAUGACCCCACAAUCUUUGCCUGGGAGCUCAUGAAUGAGGCCAGAUGCCCUUUAGAUACUUCUGGAAAAACUUUACAGGCAUGGAUCGCUGAAAUGUCUGCUCAUGUGAAAUCCAUAGAUAGUAAUCACUUGCUUGAGGUUGGCUUGGAAGGAUUUUAUGCGUCCUCAUCACCUUCAAAGUUGCCAAAAAAUCUUACUGGGUUCCAAGUGGGAACUGACUUCAUCUCCAAUAAUCAGAUUUCAAGAAUUGAUUUCGCCACACUUCAUUCAUAUCCAGAUCAAUGGAUUCCAAACUCCAGUGAUCAUGCUGAACUUCAAUUCUCGAACAACUGGCUUGAUGCCCACAUAAGAGAUGCCAACAACAUUCUCCAUAAGCCGCUUCUUAUAGCUGAGUUUGGCAAAUCCAUGAAGGAUCCUGGGUACAACAACUCCAAAAGAGAUGCUCUUUUUCAAGCAGUCUACUUUAAAGUCUACCAGUCUGCAAGAAGAGGAGGAGCAGCAGCAGGUUGCCUCUUCUGGCAGCUCCUUGUUGAGGGCAUGGACUCGUUAAAAGAUGGCUAUGAGAUUCAAAUGAAUGAAACUCCGAUGACGACAAGAAUUAUACAUAGCCAGUGUGGUCGGCUUCAGCACCUCACAAAAUUGUAUGCAAAGAAAAGUAGACAUUGCAAGGCUAGAGAAGCCAAAGGCCAUGAGAAAUGCAGCUGAUACGCGUUAACAAAAUUCAGCUGCGUGAUUUUAGGCUGCUGUUAAAGUUGACAGUGAUACCGUUUUAAGGUGGCUAAUAUUUUUCUUUAAGGCAUUCAAUUCAUCUUCUAGAAAAUAUGAUUACUUAUUGCUUUUGAUUAUAUGAACAAUUGGGAUGUUAUGUUUUGCUAAGAAAUAUGUUAUCAAGUACAAUUGAUUUGCGAUUCUAUA